GGCAGCUCCUGCGCCUGCGUCCUCGGAUUCCAGUCUCAUUUUCCCCCCCUCGACUGGUCGCGACGCCCGACCCCGCCGCCAGGAGUCAACCGAGCCGAGGCCCCGACCAUGAAGGCGCUGUCGCCUCCGGUGGGACCGGACCGCCCGGCCGUCCUCUCCCUGGAGAACCGCUUCCUGACCACGGGCCCUCGCCUGUUGACCUCCAGCCUGGCCAGCGCCGACUGCGGCCGCCCCCUGCCCCUGCCCGCCCUGGUCCGGGCCGCCCUGCGCGGGCCUGACACCCGCAACACUCUCCUCUCGCGGGCCGGAGCCACGGCUCCUCUGUCGCGCCGCUCCCCGGGCCCCUCCAGCGUCCCACCCCCCGGCGCCCCCAUCCAGGACCCCGGAGUCCACCCCAUCAAGGAGGAGACAGUGGCGCCUGGCCAAUCGCUGCCUCGAUACAGCCUCAGUCUGGAGGAGGAGAAGGAGGAAGAGGAGGAGAAGGGAGAGGAAGGAGAUGAGGGGGAGCGUCAGCCCGAAGCGCUGACCGAGGACUCGGACCGGAUCCUGCAGGAGCAGAAGCUGGCCCUGCUGACCCUCCUGUGCAGCUCUCUGGUCUCGGGGGACACCCUGGGAACUGCCGGGGACCCCACACGGGAAGCUUUGCUGCGUGUCUGCACCGACCUCGCCCUGAGGGAGCCCGAGUUCAUCCUCAAGGCCGCCUUGUACACCAGGCAGGAGCUGAAUGUCCGCAUCUCAACGAACCUGCUGUUGGCCAUCGCCGCCUUCCUGCCCGCCUGCCGCCCCUACGUGCGCCGCUAUUUCUCCGCCAGCGUCAGGUUGCCCUCCGACUGGAUCCAGGUGGCUCGGCUCUUCCAGGGUUUGGCAGGCGACCCUCAGGGCAAGCUGGUCCCGCUGCCCGCCUGUCUCCGAGCUGCGAUGGCCGACAAGUUCGUCCAGUUUGACCAGUACCAGCUGCGCAAAUACCUGCCCCGCACCCACCGCGCAAAGAGCUGCCGUCGGGCCCCCCCACGCUUGAAGUCCAAGCCACCAUCCACUCAGGCCUGGAAGAAGCUGACGUUUCUGGUCCAGAAGUUCGGGGAAGAGCAGAGCAAGUUUGAGGCGGCGGCGGACAGCCCAGGCGUGCGGAAGAACGCGCCACGGGAGCAGUUCACCCUGAAGAAGCUGGUGCAGCGUCUGCACCUCCGGGACCCGGCGGAGCACGUGUGGGCCCUGCUGGGCUACAGGUACCCGUCGGAUCUGUCGUCCUUCUCCCGCAGCCGCCUGCCGGGGCCCUGGGACCCCAGCCGCGCCGGGACCCGCAUGAAGCUGCCACUGCCGGACACAUGGGAGCGGGAGCUGAGCCUCCACGGGAACACGGGGCCUUCCUGGGAGCGGAUCAUCGACAGCGGUCAGCUGCCCUAUAUGGCCCUACUGAGGAAUCUGCGGAACGUGCUUCGGGCUGGGGUCAGCGCUAGACACCACGAGCUCCUCCUGAGACGGCUAGGACAUGCGGAGUCUGUGAUCCGGAGUCGCCAGUUCCCCUUCCGCUUCCUGUCAGCUUACAAAAUGGUCAUCGACUUGGGGAUCCAGCUGAUUUGGAACGCGGAGCCAAUUCCCUCCAAUGUGGCCCUGCUGCGGCAGCUCUUCCCCGUUCAGCUUGUGGGGAUCCGGAACCGUAAAAAACUACGGGCCCACCUGGCAGUGCCGGUGGUGUUCAAACAGGUGAAGCGAGAGAAAGCGUACCUGCACAAGGCCAGGCAGCUACGGCUUGACAAAGCCACGCUGGCGCGGUACAGAGACACCCUCCAGACGGCCGUGGAGCUGUCCGUGCGGCACACGCUACCCCCACUGCCGGGCCGGACUUUGAUCAUCUGCUGGGCAGGCUGGAAGUCGUUCUCAAGCCUCCCCAAGAGGGUCAAGAUCUGCUGCCCCACACCGGGGGGACAACAGGCUCCAUUCAUUUAUGUCGUGGAAGCCGAACUGCUGCUGGCCACAAUGGUGACGGCCCGGGCGGAGUGGGCCCGAAUUCUGCUCUGUACAGACUGGGCCUUGAGCGAGGAAGAGGUUGAGCCAGGGAAGUCUAUCCUGGACUCAGUGAUCCAGCUCCGAGCCAAGGCCGAGGACUUGCCAGAAGGAGACGAGCCGGGCCCCAGCCAGGCCGCCUCCUACCUGAUGGAUUUAGUCGCGCAGCGGAUGCAGGUGAACACGGUCCUCUCCUUCGGGCUCCUCCCAGACCCAAAGUUUGAGGCGGCGCAGCAGCUGGUGUGGCAGCGGUUGAAUCCAUCCUGUCUGUUUGUCAGUGUGGACCUGGCUGGGAAGGGCCAAAGGCCACCCAGUGACAAUCCCAAUGAUGUGAGACUGAAUGGCUGCAGUGACCAACUACUCAAGUUCAUUGCAGAGCGCGGGGCGUCCCGCCUGCUGGACCAUGUGGGCCGUAUAGACGAGGCCUACCAACUUCCUCCGCCCCGCAGUGGGGUCCAGCGCCUCCCCCGCCCGCCCCUGGAGGACAGCGUUCCGGGGCCCCUGCCUCCAGCCGGCCAGCACAGCUGGCGCAGUGUCCGGCUCUUCGUCUCAUCCACGUUCCGGGACAUGCAGGCUGAGCGGGAUCUUCUGCUGCGCGGGGUGCUCCCCGCCCUGCAGGCCCGAGCCGCCGCCCAUCGCCUGCACCUGCGGCUCAUUGACCUGCGCUGGGGUGUCCCGGAGGAGGAGCAGCUGCGGGGCAGGCAGCUGGAGCUGUGCCUGGGCGAGGUGCACAACUCUCAGCUGCUCGUGGCGAUGCUCGGCACCCGCUACGGACACGUCCCCAGCGCCUACAGCCUCCCGGCCCUGCCGCACUUCCGCUGGGCUCAGGAUUACCCCGCCGGGCGCUCGGUGACGGAGAUGGAGCUGAUGCAGUUCCUGAGCGACCCUCAGCGGGCCCCCGCCACCUUCAUCUACCUGCGGGACCCGGACUUCCUCAGCUCGGUGCCAGAAGCUUGGAUAGAAGACUUUGUUCCCGAGUCGGAGGAGGCGGCGCGUCGGGUCUCCCAGCUGAAGAAUCACCUGGAGGGGCGGAAAGGGGUGACCUGCCGCAGGUACCCGUGCGUGUGGGGUGGCGCAGCGGGGGGGCGACCAGUCGUGUCCGGCCUGGAGCAGUUUGGGCAGAUGGUCCUGAGGGACAUGUGGACGGCCUUGCAGCGGCUCUUUCUGCAGGUCCAGGGGCACCACAGGCGCCCAGCCGACGCGGACCCCAUCCAAGCCGAGGACACCGUGCAGAAUGCCUUCCAGCAGCUGCAGAGCCCCCCCAGCCCGGCCCGGCCCGGCCUCCUCCGGGACACUGUCCGGCGGCUGCGGCGCCCUGUGGGGGUGCUGAGUGUCGUCAGCGGAGAGCCCGGUCAGGGCAAGACGGCGUUCCUGGCAUCUCUGGUGUCAGCGCUGCGGGCCCCGAACCGGGAGGAUGCUUUCCCGCCGCUCCCCGUUUUCUUCCAUUUUGUGGGGGCCCGGCCCGACCACAGCCACCUCCCUACGAUGCUGCGCCGGCUCCAUGCCCACCUGAGCCGUCUGCUAGGCCGCACUGCUCGGCCCCCCUCGGGCUACCGGGCCCUGCUGUGGUCAGUGCAGACGCUGUUGCCAGAGGCUGCCGAGGCGCUGCCCCCAAGCCAGACUCUGGUCUUGGUCGUCGACGGUGCCGAUCGACUGGAAGAACGGAGCGGUCGGCCGAGUGCAGACUGGAUUCCUGAGACCCUGCCCCAGCGGGUGCAUGUGGUCCUGAGCCUGGCGGCCCCAGACCCAGGGGAUUCAGCACUCGGGGAGACCCUGCUGCGCCGCCGGGACGCUCACGCUGUGACCUUGGGGCUUCUGGAGCCGGCGGCCCGGGCACGCCUCGUCAGGGAGGAGCUCUCGCUGCACGGAAAGCGGCUCGAAGAGUCGCCGUUCAACAACCAGGGUGGGCACAGCGUGGGGCGGGGCUGCCUCGCUACCCUGACUCUAGGCGGCCGACCCAAUCUCCGGCUGCACGCUGUGUUUGAGCAGGUGUCCGAACGUCUCCGGACUCUGCCAGCCACGCUGCCCCUGCUGCUGCAGCAUCUGCUGGGAGACCUGGAGCGGGAACUGGGGCCAGUGGUGCCCCGCGCCUUGGCUGCCCUCCGGAUCACCCGCAGUGGGCUGACGGUGGAGGAGCUGCACGGGAUCCUGAGCACGUGGGCCACGCUGCCCCAGGGGGCCGGGGGCUGGGCCGAGGCCGUGGCUGCAGGCAAUAGUGGGGAGCCCCUCCCUCUGGGUCCCUUCACCUAUCUCGUCCGCAGCCUACGCAGCCUGCAGGGCACGGGGAUGCUGGAGGCCCCCGGGACCCGGCUGUGUCUGCCCCCCGGACCGCUCAGAACGGCGGCUGAGCAAAGGGCCCGCAGGGAGACCGGGCUGGACCGCACUGCACACACAGUCAUUGCGGCUCAACUCUGGGCCGCUUGUGACCCGGACGCCUCGGACACGUUCCAGGGCCGGCGGCCCGAAGCCCUGGUGGACCUGCCUUACCACUUGGUGAGCUACAGAGCGGCAAACCGUGCCCUCUCUCCGGCUCCUCACCAAACCUGCACGUUUUGCGGCGCACGCGGAGCUGGGGCUUCUGCCAGCCCUGGGGAGGCAUAUGCGCUCUACGAAGGCUCAGAGCCCCCAGAGUCCCCGGAGCCCCCGGAGCCGGCGCUGGUGGCUUUCCGCAGCUUCGUGCAGUCCGAAUCGGCGCUUCUGGCCCGGCGCCCUGCCCUCCUGGCCCAGCAGGCGGCCAACCAGCCCCAACGCACCCCUGUGCCUUUCCAGGCUUCGGGUGGCCUCUUCUCGGACCCCCGAGCCCCCGCCCCAACCCGGCACCAGUUUCCGCUAAGGCGAUCACACAAACCUCAAGUUCUGAAGGCCGGACGGGUCCUUCGUCUGCUGACCCUGCGCUCCUGGCAGGAAGAACGGUCACUGGUCAGCGGCUGUGAUGGCAUCUCCUCCUGCGUCUUCCUCUCAGAUUCCACCAUUUACAUUGCUGCCUUCGAUGGCAUCUUGGAGCUUUGGGACCUGCAGGGCAGCGGCUGCCGGAUCCAGCGGACCCAAGCCCACCAGUUCCACAUCACCGGCUGUGGCCUGAGCCUUGACCGCAAACUGCUGGCCACUGUGUCCCUGGAUGGAGCCCUGAAGGUGAGGAGGAACAGGGGGAUGAAGAAGGGAAAGAUUAAGGGAUCUGAGUGGACCCCAGAAAAACCCUGGCCUCUGGGGGCACCCCCUCGAUGGUUGGGGACGAUUGAGACCCAUCGUGGCCAGAGGGGUGAGAGCGGAGGAUGCGUUGCGGUGCUGGGUGCCUCCGGUCCAUCGGUCUGCGCUGUGACCUUUGCCCCUUCUGGACUGGGGCUGGUGGUCGGCCGUCUGGAUGGGGCCGUGGAGCUGUGGCCUGGAGGAGGGCGUUCAGCUGGCCACCUCCUGCCCACCGUGGUGGAACAACAGCGGCGCCUCUUUCUGCAUGCUGGACGCUGCCUGCUGACCACCGGGGAGGAUGGCAAGGUUCAGGUGUGGUCAGGAUCCCUGGGCCAACCCCGGGGGUCCCUGGGGUCCCCCCACCUCUCGCCUGCCCUCGCUGUGGCGCUCAGUCCGGAUGGAGCACGUGUGGCUGUGGGACACCGGUCUGAUGGGAUCAGAGUCUACGCUGUCUCAGGCACGGAGGAGACGCGAUGUGCAGUGUCGGAUGUGUCCCUGGAAGCUCUGGGCUGGCUGAGCCCCACCGUGCUGGUCGCUGGGGGGUCGGACGGUGCCCUGCGUGGCUGGAGCUUGGCGGGGGGAAGCUCCAGGGCCCUCUGGCUGCUGCGUGGACAAUCAGGGGCCAGUUCUGGGCCUGGCCACUUCCUCCCGCUCCUCGCCUCGGCCUCAGGCGACUUCACGGUUCGCCUGUGGCCAGUGGAUGGGCUGCUAGAGGCCCGGGGGGCGGCGGAGCUCCCCGCCGGCUCGGAACUCCGCUGCCACACGGGCCCGGUCACCUGCUGCAGCUUCAGCCCCGACGGGCAGUACCUGGCCAGCGGAAGCCGUGAUUGGAGCCUCCUUUGCUGGAGAGUGGACGUGCGAACGCCAGCCUGACCCAGUUCCUUCCCUGCCUGCCACCGCGAUUGGAUCACUGGCUGCGCCUGGACCCCCGAUUACCUGCUGCUCUCCUGCUCCAAUGAUGGCUUGGUCCAGCUGUGGUCACCCGUGUCUGGUCAGCAGCUCGGCCGGUUCCAGGGGCAUCAGGGUGCCGUGAGCGCCGUGCUAGCUGUGGAGGACCACGUGCUUUCUGUGGACCGGGAUGGAAUCUUGAAGGUGUGGAACAGGAUGGGGGUGGAGCUGACCAGCAUCCCUGCCCACUCCGGGCCCAUCAGCCAGUGUGCAGCGGCCCUGAAGUCCCACUCGGGUGGUCAGGCUGGGUCGGAGCUGCUGGUAGUGACCGCUGGGCUGGAUGGAACGCCCGAUCUCUGGGGUCCGCUGCUGGUGUCCCAGACCCAGACCCUGCUGGGCCACAGUGACUCAGUUGACACCGCAGCUGUAUCGGAGGCUUCGGGCUGCCUGCUGACCGCCUCGCGGGAUGGGUCCGUGCGCCUCUGGGCGGUGCCCGAGGAGACAGGUCGGCCAGGGGAAGGGGAGGCCCAGGCAGCCCCACGGCCAAUCACGGUUGUGUCCUGGGCCCCCGACUGGAUCCUUGGCUCUAUCCGCAACGAGGCUGGGGAGCUGAUCCUGUGGCGGGAAGCCAGCCCCGUGGCCUCCGCCCAGGCCCCCGGCCGUGUCUGCUCGCUGAGCUGGUUCACCCGGCGAAACUUCGUGCUGCUGAACGACGACCAUGAUGUCAGCGAGUGGGAGGUGACGGAGGAGGCUGCUGCUGGAGGGAGCCUCAGCCUGCAGCUCUGCCACAGCCGACAGCGCCCAGCUCCCUUCGUCUCCGGGUUGGGGCUGACCCCCGACGGCCAAACCCUGCUCUUGGGGAAUCCUCCUGACCAGCUGCUGCUGCUGGAGCCGGGGACCACCUCCAGCAAGACGUUCCAGGUCCCAUGCCAGAAAACGGGCCUCAGUAUCUUUUCCACACACAAGGAGCACGGUGUCUUUCUCCUGAGUCCCUGUCCCCUGCCUUCUGUCGGUCCUAAGCAGAGUGAGUCCGGCGAGAUCAAUUCAGACCUGGAGUUCGAGCUGGAGUUGGAACGGCCCCAGCCACCGGUGCUGUGGGUGACCCAGGCCGGCUGCUCCUUCCUGUGUGCCAGCUCCCAGGGGCUGCUGUGGCGCUUGGGGGAGCGAGACCCUGGUGGGGAAUGGGCUGAAGGUGACAUCUGGCAGCAGCGGCAGGACCGUGGCAAGAGGAAACUGGAGCCGUGUCUGCGCAAGAAGAUCCACACAGGUGCAGUCACGCUCCACGUGCUGCCGGCCUCCUGGUAGACUGCCGCAAGGGACCGCGAUGUGAAGCUGUGGGAGCGGCCCAGCCUGAGACUGCGGGGCCUGUUCCGCUGCGAGGGGGCUGUGAGCUGUCUGGCACCCCGUCCAGGCCCUGCUCGUGCUGCACUGGCUGUGGGAGACGUGAUGGGCAACGUCUAUUUCUUGGCCUGGGAGUGAGGAGCGUCCAGUUGUGGGGCCCGGGUGCCAGGAAUGGAGGUGUGGGGCAGGGGGAUGUUUACUAUAUUAAAACUGUCAGAGAAAGCC